GGCUAGACUCUCUAGGCCUAUGAUGGCAAGCACAGUUGCUUUUGGUCAGCUUCGUAAACUGAUGAUCUCGCAACUGGUUUCAAAAGCAGAUUUUUAGUGGCACCUGCCUGAUUUACAGAGCAGAAGUCUGGUCUUAUGUGAAGGCACCAUAACUUUAGGAAUCUCAGGUAUUUGUCAUCAAAAUGUGGGCUCCAGACAGUGGCGCUGUCGAGCUUCCUCUCCUGGAAAGGAUCUCGGACCCCGAGGAACUGCUAGCCCAGGUAGUAGAAUGUUUACAGGCUAAAGAUGCUCAUGGGUUGAAGACUUAUAUUCUCGAGCACAAAUUUAAAGAUCAGAGUGUUUUCUGGGAGCUGAUUCUCAAGAUUGGAAAUUGUGUUCAUGCCGUGAAUAGUGAAAACAAUCCGGCCUUCUUUGACGUCUGCAACCGCUGUUUGGUCUAUUUAGUCAAAGUUGGGAAUCCCAAAGAAACUCUUUUGGCAAUUUUGGAGCAGAUGGACUCUUUUAUCGAUGAUAUUGCGUUUAAAAGUUUUCUUCCCCUUAUUCAGAUGUCGCUAUUGAAAAUUCCGAGCAAACUUUUCCAUUCGCUGGACAUUGCUUUGGAGACAGUUUCAGCGCACCUGACACGCCUGCCUCCCCCUGAGAAUGUGCAGCUGGAAGGGGAUGAGGUCAAGGUUUUCCACAUGGACAAAACUGUGGUUCGACUCGUGGAUAUUCUUCAAGCAUAUUUAGACUUUUUAGAACCGUUUGUGAAAGGGAUUGACCUGACGCGUGACAGAAGCUCAGAGCCUCUCAUGCAGCAAGCUGCAGUUUUAAAGAGGCACCUCGCCCAUGUCUUUGAUCAUCCGUUGUACUAUCUUGUGUUGACCCAUGAUCAAGAAUCAAGUCGUGUCAAGUCGGACAGCAGACUUUGUGUCGAGCAGGCUAUGUCUCUCUUUGCGCAUUUAGAGACUGAUUUCUAUCGCUUUCUUCGGAAUGUAGGGCUUGAUUCUUUUGAAAAUAGCUGCAGAGAUGGUUUGAAAGAUCUGUUAUCGAAAGAUACAGAUUCUUUUGUUGAGGAAGAACAUGAUAAUGAAGAAAAUGAGCGAAGGGCCAAGAGUUUAGAGAACAACACCUCAAAAAGCACAAAGGAUAUUGUAGAGAACUGGGAUUUUAAGCUUUCAGUUACCCAUACCGCUCAAGCGUGCAUUGCUUAUCUUAUUCAUUCUGAACAUCUCGGCAUUGACAAGUUUCCAGCUGUUUUCAGCCACCAGCAUCUGUUAGAGUUUCACUUGAGCUACCUAACCUUGCUGUUGGAGAAUACCACGUAUCCUGUCAAUAUGAAAGGCCUUCUACUGACUGACUCACUUGUCAAGUUGAUUUCCAAAAGUUCCAUCGUAAGUGAUUCUUUAGACAACCCUGGUUACCUCUCUGUCAUAAAUGACCUUAUCAUUGUCAUGAUUAAAUGUCCCGUGAAAGACCACAGAGUGCUGGCCACCAAACUCUUCCCUCUGCUCAUCAGCAAGUUUGAUGCCGCUGGCCGUUACAAGAUCUAUGUGAGCAUUUUGUCCUCCUGCUCUCACUCAGGGAUCAAAGGUUUCCUCAUCACUCUCAUGAAAAAUGAUAUUGCCGAGCAUCUUAGAUUUCUCAAGCAAAGAGAGUCGUCUUCGAUAGAUGAACCUAUAGAUGCUGUGGGUGAUUCGGCUAGGGAGAUGCAGCAAUUCUAUGAGGGAAAACGCCUCCGGAAACUGCUGCUCCUGGCUCUUUCUCUACCGGAGAGCGAGACUUCGGAUAUGCUAGAGAAUUCGGAUCAGAUCAUUUCUGGCCUGAACCUUCUGCGUUUCCUGGUGCUUGCCGAUCCAGCGUCUGCCAAUCUGACUAAAUUCUGGGACUACAUGUCAGUUAUUGAGAAGCAGUUUAUAGAGCCCCUGCGUCGUGGUCUUGAUCUCAGUCGAGCCCAUUACAAGCUGGAGCAGGAUAAUGUCAGCCAGGGGCGAGCGAAGCCUGAGGGAGCGAAGGAGGGCCCGGAAGUGUCGGUGUCUGUUGGGGGGAUGAACGUGCCAGCCAUGGAAAAGAAGGAGAAGCUGCAGUUGAUUGGCAAAGCUUUGAACACUCACGACAUCAUGUUAGGUUUGCUAGCGAGGGUUUCUGAACUUAUGGACCAAAGUAAAUGAUGGACAGGCGGAAAAAAAAUCAGUAUUUCUGCUAGUUGAAUCUUUUUUCAUUCCUAGUUUAAUUAGUGAAAGAUAAAGUAAGUAAUUUUCUCUUUGAAUUUUUUGAAAGAGCAUUCCUGCACUUGUUUUAUGCUGCAAUUGGGUCAAAGGAAUUAGUUUUUGCUUCGCUGAAGUAUUACUUGUUUAUGAGAAAAAGGACAUAAAAAGUUUUAAGAAGUUUUCACUUCACAUAAUGAAUAAUGUUGUUUGGAAGGAGGUUAACCAUCCAUUUUUAUUUGGGCUACUUAAUGGCCAUCAAGUCUAGAGGCUUUUGUGGAAGAAGACCUUCAAAGUUUUUAAACAACCAGGUCUAUUAUUUUGUAGGUCUUGAUAAUUUAAAAAAAAAA